AUGUCCGGCUCAGCACAAGGCAGCAGCGAUAUGAAGAAGGCCGUCGUCAGCGACUCCAAGAACGGCGAGCAACCACUGGCGCCCGAGAAGAAGCCCGCAACACAGCUAGAGGAGGAUGACGAGUUUGAGGACUUUCCUGUAGAGGACUGGACUGAGGAAGAGACACAGAUCCCCAACGGCAAUACACAUCUCUGGGAAGAGAGCUGGGACGAUGAUGACACGAAUGACGACUUUGCGGUUCAGCUGAGGGAGGAGCUUAAGAAGCUGGGCAAAUGA